AUAAAUAAAAACAAAAAAUUAAACGCGAAAUUUGCAAAUUUUCAAGAAUUAAGAAUUAAGACAAGCUGCAAAAUGAGGCAAACAUUUUUGGCUGUCAAUUGUGUUCUGCUGACUGUGCUGUGCUUUAGCUUCGUCCUGCCAGCCACGGUGCGUCCCUACAAGUUCGGCUUUACGAUCGAGGAGCAGCAGCAUCGCCGCGAGCAAAGAGAUGAGAACGGAAUUGUAAUGGGCGAAUUUGGUUUUAUAACCGCCGAUGGAAUCUACCACGUGACGGUCUAUGCGACCGACGAGGAGGGCAAAUUCCGGAUAAUAUCAAUGAAAAACUAUCCGUAUGCGGGUCCCGUAGCGCCCAAGAGCCCGCCGCCCACAACGACGACCACGGCGGCGUCUGUGGCCAGGCAUCACUUUAAUACCGCCGCCUGCUCCGGCUGCUUUCUGAACAAAUCUCCGCCGCCGGAAGCGCCGCAGCCGGGCAUCCGUCCCAGCACCAAAACGGAGAUACGCCCGCUCUCGCAGCCGCUGUCCCCGUCAGCGGAAGCCGGAGCUGUGCCAGCCGUUCAGUCGGGUCAGCAACCAUUCAGUGCAGUUGGCAAUGCGGCCGCAGGAGCGCUGCCAGCCUUGACAGGCACCCAGCAACAAACAGCAGCAGGCGUCAAGCCACCCUUAGCAGACAGCAAGAGACCGCAACAACCAACAGGCAGCAGCAGCUCAGCAAGUUUCAAGCCAAAUACAGUUGCAGCGCUGCCAGACGUGACAGCAACCAAGCAGCAAAGUCAACCGCCAAGCAGCGGUAACACAGCAAGUAACAAUACACCACAACCCACCUCAACUAAGACAGCAACCAAUACAGGAGCAGUUGGUGAACCCGGACUCACAGGCGAUUUGUACAAAUUUAAAUAUAUAUUGGACUAUAAUGGCCAUGAGGAGACCGGCAGCCGUAACGGCGAUAAAGUGGGCAACUACUUUGCCAUCGGCGAUGAUGAUGUGGAGCGUGUCGUCGAGUAUAUUGCCAAUGAGUUUGGCUUCCAGCCGCACAUUAGCUGGCGCAAACUGGAGGGCAAGGAGGCGACGCUGCCCGAUGAGAACUCGCUGAAGCACUACGAAUUCAAGUGGUUCAACAAGGCAUCCCAAUGAUGUGCUCAUUAAUCAAUAAGUAAUUUUAUAAAUCAAGUAUA